GCUCAGUUUGAUCGAGCCAAUAAAGUAAACAACAUCGUAGCAUGCCUCAGGCCAAUCUUAAGUUAAGUCCCCAUGAUCAGCAGGUGCUCGAUUCCAUUUUCGAUCCCCUCGAGCUUAGCAGCCUACAGACAAAUAACUUAAUUCCCGCUGAAUCCGACCUCAAGGAUGUGGAGCCGGACACCCAGGCUAUCAAAGCUUCCAGGGAACUGGAGCUAAGAGCCAUUGGCUUAUCCGAAAGCGGGGAGCUUGAUGGAGCACUGGAGUUAUUUCAGCAAUCAUUAAAUCUAGCCCAAAGGGCUUCCGUGCUAAAUAACCGGGCACAAACUUUACGCCUGGCCAAACGUGAUGAGGAUGCCCUCGAUGACCUAAACAAAGCCCUGGAACUGGCCAAUGAUCAGCAGACCCGCACCAAGUGCCACGCCCACUGUCAGCGAGGUGUCCUUUAUCGUAAACUGGAUAAUUUGGAGGCGGCUCGUGCCGACUUCGAGGCAGCAGCCCAGUUGGGCAGUAAAUUCGCCAGGGAACAGCUGGUGGAAAUCAAUCCAUUUGCAGCUCUCUGCAAUCAAAUGCUCCGUCAGGCAUUCGAUCAACUCAAGUAGCAAGUUAUGCAGUUCAAUUAUUAUGAGAUUAUGAGUUACUGGAUUAUUAAUAAACAAAAUGAAUGGAAUGAGAAAAUAAUGAAUGAAAUGAGAAAACAAAUUCAAGCCCUUUUGUUAAACAUCAAAUUAUAAGAAGUGCAAUUUUAAACUAGAAAAUAUUUUGGAUUCAAUACGAUACGAUCCUAUUGAUUUUUGAUUACUUUUCAAUGUUGGUUUGCAUGUAAGGAAACAGAGAUCAGAUCCCGUUUUGCCUAAAGCUUCAUUGAUAAAUAAUAUUAAGCAUCAUUUUUCAGUAUAAUUUUGUAGCUCCCGAAACAAUAACCCACGUUCUUUGUUUUUA